ACAAAUGCUUUGCAUAUGUUGUUUCCGAAAAAAAUCCGUUCCCGACCUGAAAAUAGAGUUUCAGUUUUACAAAACUCUUACAUGAUUGUUUAAGAUUCAAAAAGUAGCUACCAAUACGUGAAAAAUGGCGGAUCCUUUGAGUUUGUUGCGUCAAUUUAAUGUCAACAAAAAGGAAAUCAUUGAACGUGAAGGUCAAAUCAUAUUCGGUGAAUUCUCUUGGCCGAAAACCGUCAAGACAAACUAUCUCAUUUAUGGUUCCGGAAAAGAUGGCGCGCCCAGGGAUUACUAUACACUAGAGUGUCUGCUGUUCCUUCUUAAAAAUGUUCAACUCCAGCAUCCUGUUUACGUACGUCAAGCAGCAGCUGACAGCAUUCCAGUUGUGCGCCGUCCAGAUCGUAAGGAUCUGCUGGCUUAUCUCAAUGGAGAGACUGCUGCUUCUGCCUCCAUCGACAAAGCAGCUCCAAUUGAAAUCCCAAUUCAAGUACGAAGAAUUGUAGGAACAGCACAAACUGGAGGUUCAGGGCUAGGUAUAGGAAGUGGAAUUGGUGUUGAUGAUAAUGAAGUUCCAGCAAGCAAGAAACCACGCUUGGAAGACCAACAGAUGCAACGAGUGAAGGAAGUAUUGGCUGCUCGUCUAGAAGCUCCACGCCAAGAUAGCCUGAUUAAUGUGAACAAAAUCCAGUCAUUGUCAGAGGCUAUGUCAAUUGAAACAAUUGCUUCCCUCAAAGCCAAGCGUAUUGCCAAUAAACGAAAAACCAUCAAGGGGGACAGUGAAGAUAUGGGUUUGGGGCUUGGAUCGUCUCUUGGUUUGGCAGGCAGUUCGUCGUCAGAACUUAGGGGAAUGCUUGAUUAUGAUUUUGAUGUUACGAAGGAUAUCUUGAAUCGCGAGAGGCAGUGGAGGAAUCGAACUUCGGUCCUACAGAGCUCCGGCAAAGUUUUCUCGAAAAAUAUUUUUGCCAUUCUGCAAAGUCUCAAAGCUCGAGAAGAUGGUAAGCUAAGAGGUCACAGCUCAGUAGCCCCAGGAGCUGGACGGACCGUUCUCCCACCAGGCGGCGGCCCUUCUGGAAUGGGACCUCCGGUGCAACAACAAGGCCCUGUUUACAGCCGUUACGACCAAGAAAGAUUCCGAGGAAAAGAAGAAACGGAGGGUUUCAAGAUCGAUACCACUGGCACAUAUCAUGGCAUGACGCUAAAGUCGGUUACCGAAGGAACACAACCUCGCAAGGCAGCGGCACCGACUGCGGCUACUCCGGCAGCAGUCGCCCAGCCACGCCCAUCAACAGGCCCAUCUAAACGGGUAUCUCGAACACCAAUUAUUAUCAUUCCGUCGGCCAACUCCUCUCUUAUAACUAUGUUCAACGCAAAGGACGUCUUACAAGAUCUAAAGUUUUUUAGCACAGAAGAGAAAAGGCAGCAGGGUUGUCGAAGAGACAAUGAGAUUCUACUUCAGCGACGCAAAGAAGGAAAUCUAACGGUGCCAUAUCGGGUUAUAGAUAGUCCUCAGAAACUUGCUCCUGCAGACUGGGAUCGAGUAGUGGCCGUGUUUGUUAUGGGCCCUGCUUGGCAAUUCAAAGGUUGGCCAUGGAAUGGAAACCCUGUAGAAAUCUUCGUUCAAGUCUGCGCCUUCCACGUUAAGUGGGACGAUAUACCGCUGGAUCAAAACGUAGCAAAAUGGGCCGUUAAUGUGAUUUCGCUUUCAAGGACUAAACGGCAUCUCGAUCGCGCUGCCCUAAUGACGUUCUGGGAGAAGCUUGACAAGCAUAUGUUAAAAAAUAAACAACAUCUUCGUUUUUGAAUACCGCCUUUCCCAUGUAUACGGUAUCACCAUUUUUCUUACUAAAGCGCGUUAUCUUUUCAAAAAUUUGUUGGUACCUUCUGUAAUGUCUUUACACUUUGAUUUUGUGAUACACGAACCUGUUCACAUAA